AUAAAAAGUACACGCGAGCGAGUGUUGUGGAUCACACGGCGUCUUCCGGGUUCGAACGGACCAGCACGGUUGGCUUUGGGUCCCGAACAGCCCGGGUCAGCUGCGCACCUUCGGCUGCCGCAGCUACGGCUGCUAACCGCGGCACCUGCGGUCCCUGCUUUGAUGUUUGGGGACGUGGGUAACGGAGUAACCGCGUGGACCUCGUGCCUCGGGGGGAGCGUGGUGUGGACGUGACAGCGUGGAUGUGAAACUUGUAGGAUUUCUACGAUGUGGGUCCGUUUUAAGAAGCAGCACCGUGGUGCGUUCACUUCCCUCGGAGUCCACGCGUGACGCACUGGUUUGGAAGGACUUGCUCCAGAAGGUCUGAACCAUGAGAAGACACUGGCACAAGUCAGCGGUGGAUGUGAACUGAAUACUGACGAGCCAAGGUCGCACACCCGUCUGAGAUACGUUCUUCCACAUUCCCCACAGGUCUCUAUGCCGGGCCUCUCGCAGACUCCUCUCGGCCGCUGCAGCAGUAGUUCAUAUGUGAGCCUGGUUCCCGGCGCCUAGCCAGCGUCCAGCUCAUGAUGCCGUCAUCCACUCGGAAAGGCGUGCCCAAGGACCCCGAGCUGGCCGACCUGUUCUUCAAAGAUGACCCCGAGGAUGUCUUCUGCGAUCUUCAUGAGAUCGGACAUGGCAGCUUUGGGGCCGUCUACUUCGCUCGGAACUCCUACUCCAAUGAGGUGGUGGCCAUCAAGAAGAUGUCCUACAACGGCAAGCAGACCACCGAAAAGUGGCAGGACAUCAUUAAGGAGGUCAAGUUUCUGGGGCAGCUGCGCCACCCCAACACCAUCGAGUACAAAGGAUGCUACCUGAAAGACAACACUGCCUGGUUGGUGAUGGAGUACUGCCUGGGCUCUGCAUCAGACCUACUAGAAGUUCAUAAGAAACCACUGCAAGAGGUGGAAAUUGCUGCCAUUACCCAUGGUGCCUUGCUCGGUCUGGCGUAUCUGCAUUCCCACAACAUGAUCCACAGAGAUGUCAAAGCUGGUAACAUCCUGCUGACCGAGCUGGGCCAGGUCAAACUGGCCGACUUUGGCUCCGCCUCCAUCGCUUCACCCGCCAACUCCUUCGUGGGAACACCAUACUGGAUGGCCCCUGAGGUCAUCUUAGCCAUGGACGAGGGUCAGUACGAGGGGAAGGUGGACAUCUGGUCCCUGGGGAUCACCUGUAUAGAGCUGGCUGAGCGUAAACCCCCCCUCUUCAACAUGAACGCCAUGAGUGCCUUAUAUCACAUCGCACAGAACGACUCGCCCACGCUGCAGUCCAUCGAGUGGUCCGACCCCUUCCGGAGCUUCGUGGACUACUGCUUACUGAAAAUCCCUCAGGACAGACCCUCGUCAGGGGAGCUGCUAAGACAUGACUUUGUACGCCGCGAACGCUCGCCCAGGAUCCUCAUUGACCUCAUCCAGAGGACCAAGGACGCGGUGCGCGAGCUGGACAACCUGCAGUACCGCAAAAUGAAGAAGAUCCUUUACCAGGAGAAACACAAUGGACCAAUGGGAGAGAGCCAGGAGGAGGAGGAGGACAGCGAGGCGGCCUGCAAGAUGAACAGUCUGGGCAGCAACCACUCCAUCCCCAGCACCUCGGUCAGCACGGGCAGCCAGAGCAGCAGCGUCACUAGCAUGCAGGAGGUCCUGGACGACAGCUGCUCCGACAUGACCAUGAUGCACCCGCAGGAGUACGGCUGCACCCUGGACUCGUCCCCCCACGGCAAGCAGGACCAUCAGUACAACUGGGACGACGGGAUUCACCGGGACCACCGCUACGCUCCGUCUGACAAGAGCAGCUACUACAAGAACCAGGGCCGCUUCGCCACCAUCAAGUCGGCGUCACUGGUGACCAAGCAGAUCCACGAACAUGAACAGGAGAGUGAGCUGCGGGAGCAGAUGUCGGGCUACAAGCGCAUGCGGCGGCAGCACCAGAAGCAGCUGAUCGCGCUGGAGAACAAGCUGAAGGCCGAGAUGGACGAGCACCGGCUGAAGCUGCAGAAGGAGGUGGAGACGCAGGCCAACAAUGCCUACAUCGAGUUGGAGAAGCUCGCCAAGCGCCACGUGGUCCAGACGGAGAAGGAGAUGAAGACCACGCUGACGGACGAGAAGAAGUUCCAGCAGCAGAUCGUGGCGCAGCAGAAGAAGGAGCUGACCACCUUCCUGGACAACCAGAAGAAGCAGUACAAGCUGUGCAAGGAGAAGAUCAAAGAGGAGAUGAACGAGGACCACAGCACGCCAAAGAAAGAGAAGCAGGAGCGACUGUCCAAGCACAAGGAGAACAUGCAGCACUCGCAGGCCGAGGAGGAGGCGCAACUCCUGUCCCAGCAGAGGAUCUACUACGACCGCAACUGCAGAGCCUUCAAGCGCAAAGCGAUGAUCAAGAGACACGAGCUGGAGCAGGAGCAGAUCCGAGAGGAGCUGACCAAGAAGAAGACCCAGAAGGAGAUGGAGCACGCCAUGUUGAUCCGCCACGACGAGUCCACGCAGGAGCUGGAGCAACGGCAGCUGAAGAGCCUGCAGAAACUGCGGAUAGACCUGAUCCGCCUGCAGCACCAGACGGAGCUGGAGAACCAGAUCGAGUACAACAACCGCCGCGAGCGGGAGCUGCAUCGCAAGCACGUGCUGGAGCUCCGGCAGCAGCCCAAGAACCUUAAAGCUCUGGAGCUGCAGAUCAAGAAGCAGUUCCAGGACACAUGUAAGGUCCAGACCAAACAGUACAAGGCUCUUCGCCACCACCAGAUGGAGGUCACUCCCAAGUCUGAGCACAAGGUGGUGCUGAAAGCCCUGAAGGAGGAGCAGACGCGGAAGCUGGCCAUCCUGGCCGAGCAGUACGAGCAGAGCAUCAACGAGAUGAUGGCCUCGCAAGCGCUGCGUCUGGACGAGGCCCAGGAAGCCGAGUGCCAGGCCCUGAGGCAGCAGCUGCAGCAGGAGAUGGAGCUGCUCAACGCCUACCAGAGCAAGAUCAAGAUGCAGACAGAGGCCCAGCACGAACGCGAGCAGCAGAAGCUGGAGCAGAAAGUGUCCCUGCGCCGGGCCCACCUGGAACAGAAGAUCGAAGAGGAGCUGCAGGCGUUCCAGAAGGAGCGAGGCGACCGAGUCAAACACCUGAUGGAGCGGAAGGAGCGGGAGUUGGACUCCUUCGACAUGGAGAGUCUGCGACUGGGCUUCGGGAACUUGGGCGUGCUGGACUUCCCCAAAGACGACUACAGAUGAGAGCUCACCGUCCCCCGGCUGCUGCGCCCUCCUCCGACCGUCGUCUCGUUUGUUCUGUGAGGUCACCUGACCAGGCGGCGCCAGGCAUUAACCGGGGCGGAACCCCAACACUCUCCGUACGCAAUCUGUGUCAUUAGUGUUUUCGUGCAAGUCGGAGGAAGCGUGGAGUCGGAGAGUGGGACUCGCUAGUUUCUUUACUUUCUUACACCACAGACUGGUAUUUCUUCACCAGGAACCUUUUUACCACGUUGUUUGAUACUUUACAGAAAUCACAGUGUAAAUAAACCCACGGAAGAGUCUCGAUUCCCCAACCUUCCGGCCCCUCGUCGCAUGACUCCUGCAGCAAAUGUGAAUCACACGGCGAGUCCAACAGAGCUGGCGAGAGCGAGCACAAAGGGCUUCUUCAGUGGGACGUGUUUGUGUACAGGCCAGAGAUGGGAGCUAUUUUCAUAUCUGAAAUCCAGUGAAGGAUGACUCUGCCUUUCUCCUCAGAUUCCAUAGGUCUUUUAUCACAAAUCCAGAGCUGUGUCUCCUCCAGGUGGCGCCCUCGUGUUCAUGGUUGCAUGCACUUUAAUUUGAAGAAGGCACGAGUCUGUCAGAGCUUUUAAUUAUAUUUGUAAAUAAAGUGCUCGUCACAAACCGUUUUGGAUUUGAUGCCAUGUUUCAAUUUAGAUACUUGGAGGGGAGGGGCUUCGAUUAAACAGAAUCACAGAGUACUUUUUCAUCCAGUCCAGUAUUUAUU